GCUGCCGGGGCUGCCUAGAUCUUGCACUCGCUGGAAAGCAGCUCCAGGCCAGGUGCUAUUGCAAGGCCAGAGCGCACAGCACCUCGGAGAGAGCUGAUCCUUGCUCAGAUCCAGGCACCCCGCGGCCAAGGCGGAGGACGAAGAGUCCAGGCUCGGGUCCUGGACUUGUUCCCCAGCUCCGGAGCGCCUCUCGAUCCUACAGCAGCCUCUUGGCAGCUGCAGCCCUGUGGGUGCCUCCAACUCCGUGCUGGAAUAAAAAGUUCCCGCGCUCCGGCCAACCCGAAGCACUUCUUUCUAAGGGACUCGCUCGAGCUUUGGCUGCCAGCUCUGCGCGAACUUUCUAAUCAAAGUGAUCGUGAUUUUUAAGCAUCCGGAGCAGUCCCGCGGAGCUCGGCUCGCCUAACCAGAAUAAAGGGUUCGCUGCGCUGCAGUGUGCGGUGUCAUGCAGCCAGCAGUCCCUUUGGAGUCACGCAAGCAGAGGCCCCGCUCCGACAUGGGGCACGUCCAGCGGGCAGCUAAGUCUCGGAGCUCUCCGCCUUCACUCACGCUGCCGCUGCUGCUCGCUUCCGUAGCAAUGCUGCUGUGUGUGCGGGGCGCACAAGGGCGCCCCGCGGAGGAGGACGAGGAGCUGGUGCUGCCUUCCCUGGAGCGCGCCCCGGGCCCCGAUUCCAUCACCCGCCUCCGUCUGGACGCCUUUGGCCAGCAACUGCACCUGAAGUUGCAGCCGGACAGCGGUUUCUUGGCUCCUGGCUUCACCCUCCAGACGGUGGGGCGCAGCCCCGGGUCCGAGGCACAGCAUCUGGACCCCACUGGGGACCUGGCGCACUGCUUCUACUCUGGCACGGUGAAUGACGACCCCAGCUCCGCAGCCGCCCUCAGCCUCUGUGAAGGCGUGCGCGGUGCCUUCUACCUGCAGGGCGAGGAGUUCUUCAUCCAGCCAGCGCCUGCGGUCGCCACCGAGCGUCUGGUCCCCGCCGGACCAGCGGAGGAGUCACCCGCCCCGCCGCAGUUCCACAUCUUGAGGCGAAGGCGGCGGGGCAGCGGCGGAGCCAAGUGUGGUGUCAUGGACGACGAUGAGACCCUGCCAACCAGCGACUCACGACCGGAAAGCCAAGACCCCCGGAAUCAGUGGCCGCGACGAGACCCCACGCCGCAAGGCGCGAGAAAGCCAACAGGACCUGGCAGCGUAAGAAAAAGGCGGUUUGUGUCCAGCCCUCGUUAUGUGGAAACCAUGCUCGUGGCUGACCAGUCCAUGGCUGACUUCCACGGCAGCGGUCUAAAGCAUUACCUCCUAACCUUGUUCUCCGUGGCAGCCAGGUUUUACAAGCACCCCAGCAUCAGGAAUUCAAUUAGCCUGGUGGUGGUCAAGAUCUUAGUCAUCUAUGAGGAGCAGAAAGGUCCGGAGAUUACCUCCAAUGCUGCCCUCACCCUGAGGAAUUUCUGCAGUUGGCAGAAACAACACAACCCUCCCAGUGACCGGGAUGCCGAGCACUAUGACACAGCCAUUCUUUUCACCAGACAGGAUUUGUGUGGCUCCCACACAUGUGAUACUCUCGGGAUGGCUGAUGUUGGAACUGUGUGUGACCCCAGCAGAAGCUGUUCUGUCAUAGAAGAUGAUGGUUUACAAGCUGCCUUCACCACAGCCCAUGAGUUGGGCCACGUGUUUAACAUGCCACAUGAUGACGCAAAGCACUGUGCCAGCUUUAAUGGUGAGGGCGGAGAUUCUCAUCUGAUGGCCUCCAUGCUUUCCAGCUUGGACCAUAGCCAGCCAUGGUCUCCCUGCAGUGCCUACAUGGUCACAUCAUUCCUGGAUAACGGCCAUGGGGAAUGUUUGAUAGACAAGCCCCAGAACCCCAUCAAGCUCCCAUCCGAUCUCCCUGGUACCUUGUACAAUGCCGACCGUCAGUGUCAGUUUACAUUUGGAGAAGAAUCCAAACACUGCCCUGAAGCAGCCAGCACAUGUACCACCCUCUGGUGCACCGGUACCUCCGGUGGCUUACUGGUGUGCCAAACAAAACACUUUCCCUGGGCAGAUGGCACCAGCUGCGGAGAAGGAAAAUGGUGUGUCAGUGGCAAGUGUGUGAACAAGACCGACAUGAAGCAUUUUGCUACCCCUGUUCAUGGAAGCUGGGGGACAUGGGGACCCUGGGGAGACUGUUCAAGAACUUGUGGUGGAGGAGUUCAGUACACAAUGAGAGAAUGUGACAACCCAGUGCCCAAAAAUGGAGGGAAGUACUGUGAAGGCAAAAGAGUACGCUAUAGGUCCUGUAACAUUGAGGACUGUCCGGAUAAUAACGGAAAAACUUUCAGAGAGGAGCAAUGUGAAGCACACAAUGAGUUCCCAAAAGCUUCCUUUGGGAAUGAGCCCACUGUGGAAUGGACACCCAAGUAUGCUGGCGUCUCGCCAAAGGACAGGUGCAAACUCAUCUGUCAAGCUAAAGGCAUUGGCUACUUCUUUGUUUUACAGCCCAAGGUUGUAGAUGGCACUCCCUGUAGUCCAGACUCUACUUCCGUCUGUGUGCAAGGACAAUGUGUAAAAGCUGGUUGUGAUCACAUCAUAGACUCCAAAAAGAAGUUUGAUAAAUGUGGCGUUUGUGGAGGAAAUGGCUCCACCUGCAAGAAAAUAUCAGGAUCAGUCACUAGUACAAGACCUGGGUAUCAUGACAUUGUCACAAUUCCUGUUGGAGCUACCAACAUUGAAGUGAAACAUCGGAAUCCAAGAGGGUCCAGAAACAACGGCAGCUUUCUAGCCAUCAAAGCUGCAGAUGGUACCUAUAUCCUGAAUGGAAACUUCACUCUGUCCACACUAGAACAAGACCUCACUUACAAAGGUACUGUCUUAAGAUACAGUGGCUCCUCGGCAGCGUUGGAAAGAAUCCGCAGCUUUAGUCCACUCAAAGAACCCUUAACUAUCCAGGUUCUUAUGGUAGGCCAUGCUCUCCGACCCAAAAUCAAAUAUACCUAUUUUGUGAAGAAGAAGAAGGAGUCAUUCAAUGCUAUCCCCACUUUCUCAGAGUGGGUGAUUGAAGAGUGGGGGGAAUGCUCCAAGUCAUGUGGAUCAGGUUGGCAGAGAAGAGUCGUUGAGUGCCGAGACAUUAACGGGCGUCCUGCAUCCGAGUGUGCAAAAGAAGUGAAGCCAGCCAGUACCAGACCGUGUGCAGACCUGCCUUGUCCACACUGGCAGGUGGGGGAUUGGUCACCAUGUUCCAAAACUUGUGGGAAAGGUUAUAAGAAGAGAACCUUAAAAUGUCUGUCCCAUGAUGGAGGAGUGUUAUCCAAUGAGAGCUGUGAUCCUCUGAAGAAACCAAAGCAUUACAUUGACUUUUGCACACUGGCACAGUGCACUUAAACAGUUUGAGAACAAGGUGGCAUGGGAGGGCUGAUACACAGAGAUCAAGAGUGCUGGAGGGAAUCCCAUGAAUCAAACCA